UAAGCUCUUUGACAACUGGUUCAUUUGGCGAAGGGAAGAGAGACAGAGGUGAAAGUUGUGAUGGCGAAAGAAACAACAAAUGUUUUCUUCUGACGAUCGUACAAAUUUAGUAAACGAUUGUGUACCUGGAAAGUUUAACCGAGAUUCUAUACUAAUGGUCUUCGAUAGCGGCAUUUAUCUGGCAGAAGAGCUGGAGUUUAAGCGCUUGUCAGGCCAACAGGAAAAGUUGCAUAACAUUGAAAUAAGCAACUAUUUGGGAUAGUAAGUAUAAGGGUUUGGGUUUGAACCAACGUGUCUCUCCGGGAGGGUAGAACUGGUCGUGAUGAACAUGGCAGAGACGUGCGGUUUGUGUCUUUGUCCGAGCUCGGAUGAUAGCCAAAGGACGAAGGAUGAUGAUGAGUUGUGGCGGAGAAUAGAUAAAAUCUUCUAUUUUCAGGUUGUUCGGAACGAGGACUCUCCAUGUUUGGUAUGCGCCGCAUGCAAAGAAACCGUGGACGAAUUCUAUGUGUAUGCCGAACAGGUGUUGAAGAAUCAACAGUUUCUACGGUCGUCGUUCGUUGCGACUACUUCUACGCUGUCCAUUGAAGCGGUUCAAUCACUAGGCGAAAUGAAUACUGAUGAAGAGAUAAUUAAACAGGAGCUCUUUAUCAAGGGAGAGCCCGAUGACACUGAAUGGGUGGGAGUAGAUACGUACUGCGAAACAACGAUAGAGAUGGACAAAUCCUCAGAUGACACUCAUUCGGUACCGAGUGAGAAUGAUGCAGAUACUAAGGAUGAUUGUGAUUGGACACCGAAUGAUGGCGAUGAGAUAGGUGACGAAGAUGAGGAGGAGGAGGAGGAUGUUGAUUCAGUAGGUUCCGAUUCCGAUGGAGCUGAAGAUGACAAUGACGAUUACGUCGUUGAUGAUGAUGAUUGUGAUGAAGAAUACUUGGAAGAGAAGAGCCCUAAACGAAAGUACAAUCAAGGGAAAAGUAUAACACCUUGUAAGAAACCAAAACCGAUUAAGACAGAUUCGAAAAUUUCGAAACCAGCAAAUAUGCCUCCUAUCGACGAGUUGAUCCUGCAGCAGUACAAACUGUCUUGCGAUUUGUGUACCGAGCCUCUGGAAGAUUUCACAGAACUACGCAAGCAUUACAAGUUUGUUCACAACGAACAGGGUUAUCUAAAAUGUUGCAACAAGAAAAUCUUCAAGAAAUGCUGGAUGGUUGAACAUAUCCAGUUACACCUGAAUCCGGAUGCAUUCCACUGUGACAUCUGCAAUAAAAGCUACAGCUCGAGUAAAGUUUUGAAAGAGCAUACCAAAGAGGUCCACUCGCCGAACGAAAAUCGUCCAUUCAAGUGCGAAACAUGUCUCAAACCAUUCGUUUCGCACGCUCAUCUCAAUGCCCACAUCAUGGUGGCCCAUGGAUCGGUACCUUGCCCGAAGUGUCCCAAAGUGCUGGCAUCACAGGGUUCCCUGAAGAAACAUUUGGUGGCGAUGCAUGGUGACGGGGAGCAGUAUGUGUGCGAUGUUUGCGCGCGGGUGUUCCGUUCCAAGCAGUGCUUCGACACCCACGUCAAGGGUCACCUGGGAACCCGACUCGAGAACAAGGUACAGUGCAGUGUAUGUUCCGUGUGGCUAACGGACAAGUACUGUCUCACGAAGCACAUCCGUCGGAUGCACGUGCAACCGGAUGUGGCACUAGCGUGUGAGCUUUGCGGCAAACAGGUGCGCAAUCAGGACGCUCUCAAUUGUCAUAUGCGUCGGACACACACGGAGAGCCGCUUCGAGUGUGACAUAUGUCACAAAAAGUUUAAACGCCCGCAUCAUAUGAGGGAACAUGUCGCUAUCCACCACACCGGUGAGGAUCUUUAUGGGUGCAAUCACUGCCCGGAACGAUUCAACACCAAAAACAAGCAGUACAUGCACCGGAAGACUGCUCAUCCCGUCGAAUGGGAAGAGGAAAUGCGCAAACGGAUCAUGAAGGAUCCAUGAGUGUAAGGUUACCUGAAACAUGAAUUCGCCGUAUGUGGAAGAGACUAUUAAGCAAACUGUGAAAAUUGUGUAUUCAAUGAACAUAAUGGAACGGGUGGGUAAUAUGAAAUAAUGAAAAUCUCAAUGGAAUAAAUGAUUAUUCCUAAUUUUUGGGAUAUUUCCA